CCAAAAAGAAAACAAAAAUUGUUGAUUGGAAGCCGCAGAACAAGCCAGCCACAAAGGGGAACUUGGUCGCGCUUGGUGGGACACCUGUACACACACACCACCACCACCACAGCUCGCAGAACACUGCUGGCUCUCUUGUCCCGUUCUGCUGGUCGAUCACUGCCCGCCAGACACAGCUGCUGGUCUCGCAGCUUCGAAACUUGACCUACCCACUAUCCCGAAUCGGGCCUCCACCAUGGCACCCAUGACACCCCGACUCAAGAUCCUAUCAGUCGGUGGGAAUCCGGUUUCUGCCUUCUUAUCAUGGAGGCUCCAAGCGACUAAUGCCUGCGACGUCACCCUCGUGUGGAAAACGGGCUACGAGCAUGUGUCGCAAUACGGCAUCUCGUUCAAAUCUCUCGUUUUUGGGAACGAGCGGUUUAAGCCCCGUCAUGUCGUCCGGACGCCAGAGGAGGCUGCUACACGCAGGGAGGGAGCUUUCGACUACGUCAUUCUCUGUAUUAAAGCUCUCCCCGAUGUCUACGACCUCGCUUCGGUGAUCGAUUCAGUUGUGACGCCUCAACAUACCUGCAUCCUCGUGAACACAACCCACGCACUCGGACUUGAAUCGGCUAUAGAGGAACGGUUCCCGACAAACGUAGUGCUCUCACUCGUUUGCGGCGCUGACUUGGCCCAACUUGGCGGAAGCGAAUUCGAGCACAAGGGGUCGGCCGAACUAUGGGUUGGUCCUGCCAACAAGAACCCCAACAUUCCGCCCACGAUCCAAGAGGAUAUGGCACAGGCUCUGGCCAUGACUUUGAGCACCGGCCAGGUCGAUUGCAAGGUGUCGCCUAAUAUUCGACAGCAGCAAUACGAACGAGUUAUUGGCCCGAUUGCAUUUCACCCACUGACGGUCUUGUUCGAAACGCCCAACUAUGCCGCGUUACUCGACAAGGUUGGGGUGGCCAAGCUGGUGUCCGACAUUAUCGACGAGAUGUUGGCGCUCGCGGACGCGCAGGGCUGUAAGUUCCCUCCUGAAUUCAAGCAGAGCACGAUCGACGAAUUUGCCAGAAAUGGGGCCGAAAACAUCAUGUGGCAAGACUACAUUGCACGACGUCCCAUGGAAAUCGAGACGUAUCUUGGAUCGCCCAUGAGGCUGUCGCAAGAAACUGGAGUCGCAGUUCCCCGGAUUGAAACGCUUUACGCCAUCCUCCACAAUCUCAACUUGGUCAAUCGCAACCGGCCGAAAGGUGACGCCACAAUGGCGCCAGCGCAGCCAGGCUCACCGUCUGCUACGCCUUCCCCACUGCCCCGGAUGUCUCAAGGUCCACCCCGACCGAUGCCGAACGGUAUGCCCAACGGGAACGGUAUGCCUCCUGGCCGGCCACGUCCAAGAAUUCCUUCGCAAAUGGGCCCUCCCGGACCUGGAAUGCGCCGGCCACCACCGCCCAUGAACGGAGGUCCACCAAACGGUUACGGACGUCCGCCUAAUGGAAUGCCGCCAAAUGGAAUGGGGCCAAACUCACGUGUGCCCUCGAGGCGAGGUUCGAUGGAAGGAACGGAUCUGGAAGAGUUCAGCCACUUGGUGGUCUAUGAUGAUAUCCCCGAGGGGAGCGAAAAUGGCUAUUCUGGUACUUCACCACAAGACCUUGCCAUCAGGGAAAGAGAGCUUCAGCUUCGGCAACGGGAACUUGCGUUAAGGGAGCAGGAGAUGAGACUUAGGCGCGCUGCCGCUGGUAUCGGACCUGGACCUGGACCCGGACCUGGCCCCGGCCCCCGAAGAGGGCCGCCACCACCACAAAGGCCCCCUCCGGGUGGCAUGUACGAUGACGACGACGAGGACGGAGAAGACUACUUCGACCCCACGCCGAUGGCCCCCAUGAUCGAUCCUGAUAACUUCGACAUGAUGAGCGUCACGUCAAAGAAGAAUAGGAAAGCGCCUAGCAAUGCCGCCCAGUUCCGCCAAAACCCAGAGGCAGACUCAAUACCGUCAACCCGCAGCAGGUUCCGGCCUAGCUUUGGACGCAACCGUUCAAGUCAAGUCAUGACACCCGCCAUUUCGAACUUGCACGAAAACAUCUUAGACGAUCCUCUGCUGGGCUUUACGUCUAACCGCUACGGUAACGUGGAUCGAGGGGCCAUGCACGCAGGUUCGAGGGCCAAUUCUCUGACGGCUGCUCGUCUCGAUGAAUUGCAGUACAAUCAGGGAGGGCCCCCACCUAUGGGCAUGAAUGGCAGCGUACGGCGUGCCAGCCAGUCUCCAGGAAACCCCUACACCCCAUCUGUGCGUGCCGGGACCAACAAGGGACGACCAUCACCACCAAAUGGCUAUGCUGGACCGCCAAUCAACGGAAGACCAUCACCUCCGGAUGGUGUGCGACAACCCAUGCCCCGAUACCCACCCGGUCACGGAAACAUGGUUGCGCCACAACAGGUGGAACAGCACGCUGGGGUGAGCGCCCUCCAACCGCCAAAGACUAAAACUGUGCGAAGUCUGACCGGUAGUGCGAGUGCUAGCGCGGGCAGUGGUGAUUCCACCCACCUUGAUUCAGAGCCAUCAGCUGCCAGCAGUCAGAGCAGCCUAGGCCCCCGUCCUCCGAUUGGAGUGCGUUAAGAGGCUGGUGUUGGAUAUGAGGGAGCACCCAUCCAAUGGGGCACAUAAGCUCCUCACCUUUGCGUCACCUCCCACGAACCCACGAGCCGAGCUGAGGCAAGAAGAUCGGAGGGAAGAAGACAGUUUUGGUCUAGAGCGGGAGGAAGAAGUUGAACAUCUACACACGACACACAAAGUCACAACAUUGCAACAACAACAUAUUAAGCGAGCGAAAGGAACGGGGAGGGGAGCAAAGCUUCGAGAUGGAAUUCGUUCUCACGGGUUAGGAAAUGAUACGAACAUUACAGGUUUUAUACACACAUAUUUUUUCUAUGGUCUAGAGAGUUGGGAGUGGCGGGAGAACCCGUGUUGUGUGUGUGUAUGUCGUGUUGUGGGAAGGGCAAGAAGUGGGAAAUAUUUUUGGACUAUUCUUUGACUUUUUCUUUUGACACACAACACUCAGAUUCUCAAUCACACAUGGCGAACGCGCGUACAAAAAUCAAAUUAAUGUUAGUUUUUCUUUGUGUUUUGGUCUUCUUUUUCUUUUGUGUGUUUCUAGUAUCGCAUUUUUUGAUGGGAAGGAAGAGAGUGAAGAGGGGUACAAAAACGAGGAGGAGAGGUGGAGGGGAAAUGAUGAAGAGUGCGGGAGGUUGGGUUGAAAUUGUGUAAGAGAGAAGAAGAGAGAGAGUUGAGUGAAAGAGACAAAGUACAUAUGACAACUUUUUUUCCUUUUGGUCGACGUUGCUUUUUUUUUCUGUCUGUGUGUUUCAACGGUGUGGGUGCUUUAGGGGGAAAGGGAGGACGAUAAUGCAAUGUUUAUUGGUGGUAAAUUCAUUAUGCAGCUACGAGCAUUGUUUUGUUGUGGGCUAUCAGAGGGCGGUAGUUUGUCUUUUGGGGUCUUUGAUUCAAGGAGGGAUGUAAUACCUACCCAGAGAAGGGGCCGGGGGGGAGAGGAGGGAAGUGUGUGGACACACAGAAGUAAAAGGAGGAAGGAAGGGCUUGCCGAAGAAGUUGGAUGGUAAAUACAAAGCAUUACAAUGUUGAUGAUUGAAAC